AUAAAAUAAUAACAAUUAUUCAAUCAUGCCGAAUUUCAAAUUCGAUACAUUACGCGUUACUGCUGGAGGAUCGCGUGGAGGACGUGGCAGUCGCAGCACCUACAGUAGUGCUAGUUUAUUGGAUAUUAGCGGUGCUACUAGCAGUGGUCGUAGUAGUGCUUGCAGUUCGGGUAGUAUUUCACCGAUACCAAUUAUUGCUAUAAGUCCCGGCGAUGAAUCUUCUGAGUCUGAAAUUGAAACGGAACCGGCGAGAAUAUUUCACAGACGUGUCUCCACUAAACGGAAUAUUAAUAGCACAGCUGCCAUUAAAGAAGGUUUCCUACUCAAGCAAACAUGGUCAUUUCAGAGAUGGCGUCGACGUUAUUUUCGUUUGAAACGCAAUAAAUUAUACUAUGCCAAAGAUCCAAAGUGUGAUGUUUUCGAUGAAAUUGAUUUAUCUGACUUGUGUACUGCCGAGUGUAGCAUCAAAAACGUAAAUCAUAGUUUUCAGACAAUUAAAAAUACACAAAUGAUGACAUUUGAUCAUCAUGAUAUUUAUGAUAUUUAA